AUGAGUCCCUCGGCUGAGCCUUCCCGGCUGAGUGGCCACCGUGGCGAGCCAUCUGCACCCACCACCCAGGAGAACCAGCCGGGCGAGUUCGAAAAGGCCUGGCGUGAGAAGGUCCACAACGGCAAAUGGGAGAAAAUAUGCGCUGCCACCGCAAAAUGCGACCAGUGUCAGCUCCAGGGCCGCGAGGUCCUUCAGAAGUGUUCCUCUUGUACGUGGAGCAUUUGCCGGGAGUGCAGUGCAGCAAUUCCUGGAUCCCUCAAGAACAAGACUCACAAACUAGAUGACAACGUCGUGGACUGGGACGCACCCCCAAAGAAGAACAGCGCCAAUUCAAAGAAUACGACCACUAGGCGCGCCAAAAGGGCCAAGACGGCCAACAAGGUUGAGAGAACUCUUAUGCCUGUCAAGGAACAAUCCCAGGCCAGUGGCAUCAGUGGUCACGGAAAGGGCCAGAUUCUUCCUCUCCCUCUCAAGGGAAAAGCACACAAGGCAAUUCAAACCAUGGCCGAAAUUUCAUUCCAUCCCCCAUACAGAUACCUUAAAAGCUUUGAUGGCGAUGAGUAUGAAAUAGUCGCCGGUAUGCUCACCCGGAGGCAAAGCUCCAAUAGUCUCAACCUGGACAGGCAAGAGAAUCCAAGUACAAAGAGGGGUUCUCUUGUACCGGCUCGAAUAUUUCUGCCGCACCCAUCGACAGUUCCGUACCUGCCCUCACCACAUCCGUCCGGACACUCUUUGCAACUCCAGUAUACUACCGGUAGGAUCACUCACAACCUCCUUAGAGAACCAUUGCCGUCCCAUAUCAAGCCUCAUCAGCAUCCAACAGUCCGACAUGAGUCUCCCGAGCCGCUGCCGUGGCUUGCCCCGAUCAAGGAACGUCCGAAGGUGGAUGGCCCGUCUCCAGUUUGUCUUUGUGGAUUGCGCCAUGCCCACGACAGGCAUGCCAGUCCGUCGAGAGAGUCCUCCCACGGCAGAAGAGACCGUGGUAAACAGACUUGCCUGGAACCUGGACCUCCAAGACCGUACCAAACUCUUCGACCCAUGCGGCAGGAAUUCACACCGACUCGUGUGUGUGAAGAGGAGCCGAGCAGGGGGCAGCCCGCUCCGGAGCGUUUCACCAAUCCCCGGAAUCUUACAUCUCAAUGCCAAGAGUACCAUGAGACCAAGUCCACUCUAGGGAAGCGUGGCCGGCCAACAUCUACAUCACCGGAGCCCGAGGUCAACGGAGAAGAGCCCUACCCAAGCCGUGCGCCCAGGUGA